UCCAACAAAUCAUAGCAAAACAAAACAAAUCAAACCCAUUUUAUUUUUCCUUCCAUUUUUAGUACUGUUCCAAUGGAUUCCGCCAAGAAGUCUAACAAAAUCAGUGAAAUAGUUAGACUCCAACAAAAACUCAAGAAGUGGAGAAAACUUGCAAGUGCACCAAAAAACACCAUCCCUACUAGCCCUUCUUCUGCUCCAACCCCUUCAUUAUCACACACCAAUUCUACCAAAAAAUUCCUCAAGAAAACACUUUCUUUUAAAGAUACUUCGCCUUCGGCGGCAGCGUCAACGGACGGAGCCGUUCCGAAAGGAUUUCUUGCGGUUUGUGUAGGAAGAGAAAUGAAAAGGUUUAUUAUCCCAACAGAGUUUUUAGCUCAUAGAGCAUUUGAAAUGUUACUUAGAGAAGCUGAAGAAGAAUUUGGGUUCCAACAUGAAGGGAUAUUAAGAAUUCCUUGUGAAGUAUGUGUUUUCGAAAGAAUCUUGAAAAUGGUAGAAGACAAGAAAGAAGUCUUCUUUAUUAAUCAAGAGUUUCUUGGUUUAGAGAAAGAAAUGAGCAAUGGCGGUUGUUGUUCUUCAGAAGCUGAGUUUUCUUACUCGCUACAUUCUCAUAAUCCAUUGUGUAGAUAA